CAAACGUGUCAUAUCUUUUUGGUUCUGUUCGGUUCUCUCUCAUGAACUGAGAAGGCAAAUUAACUGAGAGAGAGACCGCCAUUGCAAUUGAACUAUUGAAGCAUUCGCAUAGUUCACAGUACUCCGUUCAGAGAAGAAAAGCUUAAUCUGUUUCCAUAUGUCUUGUCUCUGCCACUUCUCUUUUAGUUUAUUUCAACUAUUUGGCUGAUUUAUUAAGCUAAAACUGUCUGAAAAUGAUCGUUGUUAAACUUUGAUGGCAUUUUCUUCUGUUGAGCGAUUCUUUUGUAAGUAAUUUGAAGUGAAUUCUCCAAAUUUUAUCCAAUUUAUCUUCGGAAAAUUGCUGACAAAUAGCGAGCACUGAAUUCAACUUCUUCAGUUUCAGUUGAUUGCGAUGCAUUAAAUGUUUCAUUUUGGUUAAUUUCAAGUGCAAUUUCUCUGGGAACUUAAUUUUAGGCCACUCAAGAAUUGUAUCACAUUCUGGGUUUUUUUUAUUCCUGUCUCGUUUUCGUGAAUUACUCGAUUUUUGAAAAUGGGGUCAAAUAUUGAAUGCAGUCGAGUGCAAUUUAGAUCCGGAAACGGCGGGUCUGAACCGAGUGAAAUGGGGUUCGGUCUCGAGGAAUUCCCCGGCCAAGUCUCCGUAACGCAGCAGCCGCCCGGCAGCUCCUUCACGGCCCUCCUCGAACUUCCGGCGCCACAAGCUGUUGAGCUUCUAGUCAACUCCCCCGACGCCGCCGUGAAUGAAGAAUCCCAGCCGAAACCUUGUAUCACUGGCUCCGGAGAGGGUCCCUCUUACUUUCAUCCGCCACCACCGAUUUUCCCUUCUGACAUUGGCUUAAUUGUCAGAGCUUCAAAAUUCUCCGCGUUUGCUUCAGCUGAAAAUUCAAAUAACUCAAUCUUGUUCAAUUCCAACUCGAACAAGCUUGAUAUGGUGAAGCAAGAGCCAUCGGACUCGGAUUCAAACCCCAAUUCUUCUUCGCUGGCGACUUCAGAUCAGAACCCGAAUUCCAACAAGAGGAAGGAGAGGGAGAAAAAAGUUAAAGAAUCCCAUAGAAAGAGCAAAAAAGUUAUACCAAAUAAGGCCUCUGAAGAUAGUGGCGAGAAGCUGCCAUUUGUGCAUGUCAGAGCUCGCCGGGGCCAAGCCACCGAUAGCCACAGCUUAGCUGAAAGAGCAAGGAGAGAGAAGAUUAAUGCAAGAAUGAAACUUUUACAGGAACUGGUCCCAGGAUGUAAUAAGAUCUCGGGUACCGCAGUGGUGCUGGAUGAGAUAAUAAACCACGUGCAAGCACUUCAACGUCAAGUGGAGUUUUUGUCUAUGAGACUUGCUGCUGCUAACCCAAGAAUUGAUUACAACCUCGAUGCCCUUUUGGCUGCUGAAAGUGGAUCCCUGGUCGAUGGCAGCAUUGCUGGCAUGUCUACAUCAUCAUUGUGGCCAGAUGCACAACCUAAUGGGAACAGACAGCAAUAUAAUCAGAUGUGGCAUUUUGAUGGGCUUCAUCAGCCAGUCUUGGGUAGAGAAGAAGACAAUCGUAACUUCAUUACUCCAGAAAACUCGCUUAUAAUUUAUGAUUCUUCUGCAAAUUCAGCUUCUCUGCAUUCAAGCCAGCUGAAAAUGGUGUAAAUGGAGGCACGAGCUUUACGAAUAGGUACCUAACUUCUGUAUAUAUUAUUUAGUAUAUAAUGUGGAAGUAUAAAGGGGAUCUCAAAGUUUAGCUUGGAUUUCCUUGUAUUCUAAUUCAACAAUCAGCUGGAAUCUGUUUCUGGAUAAGCUAGAGAGUAGAAAAUUUAGUUUCUUAUGAAUAUGUUAAUUCUGGUCUGCCAAUCUGGCUGCGCCAUGCAUGAGAUUAUUGAUUGAUUUGUGUAUAACUAAGAAAAUGUAUGUUUCACUAUAUUAUGGAGGUCGAUUUUAAUUUUAAUUUUUACGAUUCUCUUGCUUUCU